GUAUGAAGCCGAGGCAAUGAACUUGAGCAGCACCGUUAAUGAUAGUCGAAGAAUAACGACAUUUUCACAGAAAUAAAUCGGCGCAACCUGGUUGUCGAUUACGUUAGCCUAUAUGUUGUGCGACUGUCUCUUAGCUGCGUUUUAUAUGCCUGGGUACCGUUGCCUGAGCGCAGCCGAUGACGUUGGCAAGAGGAGUGGUUUUAAAAUGACCCCCACGUGUUGUUAAGCGAUGAUGAUUAAAGUAGAGCUGCUUGGCCAUGGAGCCGUUAACAACAGAAUAGCGAGCAGAACGGACUGAAAUCGCUGACCCCGAAAUAGCUUCUCCGGUUGGUUAUGUAUUUUUCGAAAGAGGGACCUUGCAGCUAAAUCAUAUUGGUACUGCCGGUCAGAUUUUAUGUAUUUAUUUUUCUCACCACUGAUGGACGAACAAUGGAGAGGCUGUCAGCAGAAGUUUCUGGUGGCCCUCCUCUUUUUUUCUGCGGUACAUCAUUGUUUUUGAUGCUGUUGUUGUGUAGGAGUGCUGGGACGGACCGGAUCUUUUUGGAUUUCUGCUAGAAAACACCGAGAACACCAGCGGUACUGUUAGUCGCUAUCUUUUUUUCCCCCCAGCGGUUCCGCGCAGCAGAUGUUUUCGGUGCUGUCAUCCCGGCGAUAUUAUGGUGAAAUUCCCGGCGCUCACGCAUUACUGGCCUCUCAUCCGCUUUUUGGUUCCUUUGGCUAUCACCAACAUAGCCAUCGACCUCGGGGAACAGGCCCUUAACAGAGGAAUCGCGGCGGUUAAGGAGGAUGCGGUCGAAAUGCUGGCCAGCUACGGGCUGGCCUACUCCCUGAUGAAGUUCUUCACCGGGCCCAUGAGCGACUUCAAGAACGUGGGCCUGGUGUUCGUGAACAGCAAGCGGGACCGCACCAAGGCCGUCCUCUGCAUGGUCGCCGCGGGGACUGUGGCCAUCAUCUUCCACACCCUCAUUGCGUACACCGAUCUGGGAUACUACAUCAUCAACAAGCUGCACCACGUGGACGAUUCGGUGGGCAGCAAGACCAGGAAGGCCUUCCUCUAUUUGGCCGCGUUCCCGUUGCUGGAUGCGAUGGCCUGGACGCAUGCUGGCAUCCUCCUGAAACACAAGCACAGCUUCCUUGUUGGUUGUGCAUCUAUAUCUGAUGUCAUAGCUCAGAUUGUGUUCGUGGCCAUCCUGCUCCACAGUCGCCUGGAGUGCCUGGAGCCGCUGCUGAUCCCCAUCCUGUCGCUGUACAUGGGCGCCCUGGUGCGCUUCACCAUCGUGGGGCUGGGGUACUACCGGAACAUCCACGACAGCAUCCCCGAUUCAAGCGGGCCGGAAGUGGGGGGCGACGCCACCAUCCGGAAGAUGCUGGGCUUCUGGUGGCCCCUGGCCCUCAUCCUGGCCACCCAGCGCAUCAGCCGGCCCAUCGUCAACCUCUUCGUGUCCCGCGACCUGAAGGGCAGCGCCGCAGCCACAGAGGCAGUGGCGGUCCUGACCGCCACCUACCCAGUGGGUCACAUGCCCUACGGCUGGCUGACCGAGCUGCGGGCCGUCUACCCGGCCUUCGACAAGCAGAACCCCAGUAAUAAGCUGGUAAACACUGGCACCACGGUAACCAAGACGCACAUCAAGAAGUUCACGUUCGUCUGUCUGGCUCUCUCCGUCACGCUGUGUUUCGUGGUGUUCUGGACCCCUCACAUCUCUGAGAAGAUCCUGGUGGACAUCAUCGGGGUGGACCACGCCUUCGCCGAACUCUGCGUGGCCCCCCUGCGCAUCUUCUCCUUCUUCCCCCUGCCAGUGACCAUCCGGGCUCACCUGACAGGAUGGCUGAUGACGCUGAAGAAGACCUUCGUCCUGGCCCCCAGCUCCGUGCUGCGCAUCAUCGUCCUCAUCACCAGCCUCAUCGUGCUGCCGUACAUGGGGGUGCACGGGGCUACGCUUGGCGUGGGAUCUCUGCUGGCCGGCUUCCUGGGGGAGUCCACCAUGGUGGCGAUAGCAGCUUGCUACGUCUAUCGAAAACAGAAGAAAGAUGGGGAAGGCGAGGGCACAGCGGAGCACGAAGACUCCGCCCCCAUGAACGAGGUGAGGUCCGGGAACCAGCUGGACGACAUCGUCGAGCUGAGGGAGGAAGAGGACGAAUGAAGGAGGGACUCGGGACAGGACGAAGGAGAGAGAGAGAGAGAGAGAGCGAUAAGGGGGGAGCCCGCUCCUCUUGCUUACCGGGACGUUUCUCGAAAUCCUUUGCGGCCGUUUGUCGACACUCCCCCCCCCCGGCCCCCCUCCGCCCCCCUCCACCCGUGACCUGUGAUGUUAGCUGUGGCGCCAAUUCAUCUUUCCGAAAAAAAAAAAAACCCUGUCAAGAAGGUCAAGAGGAGUCGUGUCAAAACACCUGUCGGGAGAUGGAGAGUCCCGUGUGAGCAUGCAGCAGGCACGCGGCAGUCAUGUGCUGUAAAAUGGCCUCUUAAUGACGUAAAUAUACAUACAUAUAUAUAUAAAUAUAAUACACACUCAACACUGUCUUCCAGCUUUCAUCUGGUUACUGCCGAUGCAGGACGGUGAAGAUGCUGAUCUGUACCAAAGCGACGUCGGCGCAUCGACUACUUUCUCCUGUCCGCUUUAUAACCUUUAUCCUGCUACCGUCCUUUUCCAUUCAUGAACUUUAAACAAAACAAAAAAAAAAAAGAGGAAAUUUACAGUAACUUUUUAAUUGCUUUGAAAAUGCUGACUUUUUUUCAUUUGAAUGUACCGAGGACCACGGUGAGAGAGAGAGAAGGACACCGAGCUCUCGACGAACGACCCGCAGAGCUCGCGUUGACCAGCCCUGUUUUUUUUUGGUUCCGAAAAGAAAUGCUUUUGCUUUUAUAUCGUUGGCAAGACAGUUACGAGAAAAAGAGUAUAACUAUAUCUACAGAUUCCUAAUUUAAGUUGACUAUCGGAUAGCGAUAAGUGUUGUUUUCAUGACGUGUGAGUGCCGGUGGGUGCUUUUAGUGCCAUUUAAAGGAAUUAUUUUUUUAUCGCGUUGUGUCGUAGGUGUACAAAUAUCGGUACCGGUUUAUUUUGUACGGGUGACAUACUGUACCGCCAGACUGGCAGGGAAGGGGACGCAAACCGGGUGGCGGUCAAGUUGGGCCGCUCAACUACUUUUAACCGUCUGUUUGCCGCCAGUUCAGUUCCGUCCCGUCGGAUCUGGGCAUUUCUCUUUUUUGAUCUCAGGAUGUACCCCCAUGACGCACAUGGUCGAGUCCAUCUGUCGCUAACCCCCCCCCCCCGCUCCCCCCCCCCCCAUCCCGUGGCAGCCGAGCCCAGUGGCCAGUUUAACGUGCACAUGCGUCCGAAGGCGGCGUCCCGAUUAGCUUCUGUCGUUUUCGGGGCGGGCCGCUGCUGCGUGGCCCGGCCUCGCCAAGGGGAAAUUUUGUAUUGUGAAAUGACUGCUGAGACACGGCCAGCUCGACCCCCCCCCCGGCCGAGAAACGUGACUUCUGCUAUCCCUGUCUACGAAAAAAAAAACACAAAGGGACAGAGUUUAAGUAUUCUUCAGUUAUUAAAGGGUGAUUCAAUGGUU